GUGCAGCAGCCCAGGAGUGAGAGUGUAUCAGAGCUGGAGGCAGUAGGACCCAGAGGGAUCCCUCUCCUGCUGGAGGAUAGUCACUGAGCUGAGAGAGAUCCCUGCUACAGAGGGGAAAGCUGCAUCUGUGGGAAGCAGGGGGGUCUGAGCCUGCCCGUGAUGGGAGCAACAGUGCAGUAAGGAUAUGAUCUGCUCCUUCUGUCUGAUCCUUGCAUCUGAUCACUGCAAGCCCAGGGCGGAGACAGAGGAGGCCGAGGUAUAAGCUAACAGCUGUGCAAGGCAUGAGGAAGAGCUGGCCAUAGACUUCCCUAAGGAGUGGUCCAUCCCGAGAAGCACUAUGACUGAUGGGGACUAUGACUACCUGAUUAAGCUCCUGGCUCUGGGAGAUUCUGGAGUCGGGAAGACGACGUUCCUUUACCGAUACACAGACAACAAGUUCAAUCCUAAAUUCAUCACGACGGUGGGAAUAGAUUUUCGGGAAAAGAGAGUGAUAUACAGCAAUGCAGGACCAGGCGGUACUCAUGGCAAAACAUUCAAGGUUCAUUUGCAACUUUGGGACACAGCGGGACAAGAACGGUUCCGAAGUCUCACCACAGCGUUUUUCAGAGAUGCCAUGGGAUUCUUGUUAAUGUUCGAUCUCACUAGCCAACAGAGCUUCUUGAAUGUCAGAAACUGGAUGAGCCAACUUCAAGCCAACGCUUACUGCGAGAAUCCCGACAUUGUAUUAAUUGGCAACAAGGCCGACCUAUCAGACCAGAGAGAGGUGAAUGAGAGGCAAGCGAAGGAACUUGCUGAUAAAUACGGCAUUCCCUAUUUUGAGACCAGUGCGGCUUCUGGGCAAGAUGUGGAGAAGUCAGUGGACACUCUUCUGGACUUGAUAAUGAAACGAAUGGAACAGUGUGUGGACAAGACCCAAGUACCAGAUGCCGUUAAUGGUGGAACCUCUGGGAAAUUAGAUGAAGCCAAGCCAGAAGGAAGAAAGUGUGCAUGCUAAAAUAAUCCGCAAACUGGGAGAAAUCACUUAUACCCGACGCCCAAUGGCCGAGCAAAACCACUUUCCUGGAACCCACUGGACCACCGACGUGUCGGCCAUUGAUCUAACAUUCCAAACAAAGACUCUCCCCUUGGGAUUUCCCGUGAUACUGUGUAGCAGUGGUAGUGAUCAGGUCUAGUAUUUGAGGAAUACUCCGAGUUGUUACUCACACCGGUUACUCAUCACUGCUAUAUGGCAACCUCACUUAUGAAGGAACUGUCAACCGUCAGAUGUAUAUUGAAAAGAAAUAUAAAGAGGAAAAAGGUGUUACUAUAAUUCAACGGAAAAUAUUCUAUUUUGGUGUAGUUACAGGUCAGAUUUUCGUUGUACCAUUUGCUGCAAGCCCCGCCCCCCUCCCCCCGUAUUGCAAGCACGUGAUUGGAUUAGGCAAUACCGGCUUCUGUUUUCUUACCACCGAGUCAUGUAUUUUAUCGACUUUGUGCUGUUAACAUUAAAAAAAUAAAGUAAAAUAAGUCAUGUCUUAUACGUGGAGAAAAAUCUGCUCUUUAUCAACCGUUUGUGGCUGAUUCUACGGUAUCUGUUCAAUGUUAACGCUUGGCAUCUCUUUAUUGCUAUUGGCAAAAAAAAAAAACGAAUCGAAAGUGCUGUUACAAUCAGGGACUUAGUGAGCCUCAUUCUGUAUGUUGACCAUACGCUGUUUAAUGAUCGUCACCGCUCUCUUGGGUGCUUAGAUGUUUCAAGGAGUCUGGUGUUUUCUUCACGGCGCACACAGGACCCGCUAGACGCUAUGGAACUCCGCCUUCCUCCGUCUUUGGGAAAUGGGCGGCCAUGUGUAUUGGGAUGCGAGAGGUUGAAAGUUCUGUUAUCAUUUUUGUCUAAGAUUUAACUGCCGCUGUUAAAAAUAUUAAAGAAAAAAAUAUACCCUGUUUAUACAAACAUAA